UUCUCGCGCGCAUGCGUUGCCAUACCAGCCCUGUACAUGUGCGGAGACAGUCGCCAUGCCGAGAUUGCUCCCGCCGUGUACCGUGUGGCUCCUGCUCGGGGCCUGCGUCUCCCUGCCCCGAGACGCCCAGGCGGGCUUCGGCCAGCCCGUCAGCUACGUUAGGGACGACCGCUUCAAAGAGAUGGGGCAGGCGACGCUGAAAACCUUCGACAUCUCGGGAGAAGACGCCGUGUUGGGGGUUGAGCUUGAGAACACCGUUGGCGAGGACGAGGUCUGGGUUCUGGACUUCCAGCCGUUCGAGACUAACGACACGGGGCGUCCUGUGGUGACCAACGUGACGACAGGGACUGCCACGCUGCUGGCAGAGCGCACUGGGGAAUGUUCUAGUGUUUUUCGCACCAGCUCGGCUAACCGUACACAUGCUGGUUUCUACGAUGACUCCUGGUUUCCGGAGUUCAUGAACACAACCGGAAACAAGAAAUUCUUCAACAACUACACACGUGGUGAGGUAGCGGCUGGGCAACCCAUUCGGCUGGAUAACGUUGUCUUUUCUGGUCCAAUGGCGACCUUUUUCACCUGCAAGAAUCAGGACAACACUUCUAUUUGGGAGAGGCACAACUACACGGAGCAGUUCGAGUACAACACCACACUCUACAUGACAAACGUCAGGCCGAAGGUUGGACCGUACGGGUCGUCCUACGUGCAGAGCCACGCUGUGUUGUACUGGCGCCUGCUGAGGGUCGCUAUAUCUAAGUUUCUCAUCAGCUCCACAAGACAGAUUCAGCCGGUAUUUGAGUACGCCAUUGUCAAGGCACAUUACGACGCAAACGGCGAUCCUGACUGGACCAAAGCCCAAAUAGAGAUGGCCUUCAAGACCAUCAUGGAUUCCGACAGUUACCUGAUGGCUGCCUACCGAUCUAACUCCCUGGUGUACGAGCCACUCAACAACAACAACUCCCUACACAGCGUCAUCAACGAACCAUCUUACAACGGUACUUCGUUGCACCUUGAUUAAAGCAGUAGAAUUUCA